UCCCGUAGAUUGCGCUUCAGUAGCUAAAUUCAUAUUCAGAUCGGAUAGAAUCAAAUAAAGCAUCUGGAUUCAGUAGUCCCUCAGUGGUUAUCUUAGUAAGAGUAAUAUAGGAGGUAGCAAGUUGAUUUAAAGGCUAUAUAAUAUUCAUGUAUGCGCAGUACCGAAAUAUGGCAUUUUCGCGAAUGAAAUAUACAAAUUAUUCCAUACUUGGACUACUGUUGUUAUUGUUCGGUUAUGCAUUCGCUCAGAUACAGAUUGACGACUCCUCAAGCUUCUCCAGUAACGUACCAUUGAAUGACAUUUCAAGUCUUCUCAUUCGGAGUGCCUUGAACUUUCUCAACAAUAAUUCACCUACUCGACAGUCGUACAAGGAUGGUAGCCUCAUCAGCGCUCAACAAUUGGCAAAGCCACCAUAUGUUAUUUAUAGAUUGACAUUAAAUUUGGAGCCAAUUUGUAGAAUUAAUCAAAAAACUUGUUCUCACGAAGUCUGUACUUUAGAUAUGCGUCAACAUGAGCAUGGUGUUAUCGAUGUUAUUGAAAACUCAUUACAGUGCAUGUAUUUGCAAUCUAAGGCAAAGCAAAAGAAUGUUCAAAGUCAAGAGGUGAUUGAAAAUCUUGAAAAACAAAUAACCAAUCAGAGUAUUAGCUUAGAUCAUGACGUGCAAACUUCAGUAGAUCACAAUGAUCGUCCAUUUAUUGCUGUUAGAGCUACUCAAUCCGAAUAUUGUCCAGGAUGCCCAUAUGAUUUAAAUCCAUCAUUAUCUGGAUUAUCAGCAUUCAGAGAUCAAGUAUUGAAUUCCAUGGAUGAAGCUGGUAUCAGUGAUUUUAAGCACAAAUUGAUUAGUAUUGUUAGGGUCACUCGUGUAGUGCCACCAGGUCUUAGUGUUGUACAAUAUCAACUUUUAAUGGAAAUUGGAGAGUCAAAUUGUUUAAGAACUUCCCACAUUGAAGUUUCAGAAUGUUCUUUACAGUCAAAUUUACCAAUUAAAUUAUGUCUUGUAAUGCUUGAAGAAAAUCCAUGGCAAAUGAAUAGCCGUAAAAUAAUAAAAAAUAAUUGUACUGAUUUGCUAAAUACUGAUAAUGAAGUAAGUGCAAGCGUUGAUCCACAUUUGCUAUUAAUUCAGUCAGCCUCUUUACAUAAAGAAGAUGAUAUUUCAACAAAAAUUGAAUUUUAUGAUCAGAUAGCUCAAGAAGCACAAGAAGUUGUCCGUGUCCCUUCCAUGGACAUAUCUACUAAAGAUUCAAUUGAAGUAACUAUAGAAAUUGAGGCUACAAAAGAACUGCCUCAAAGAAAAGUUAUUUUGCAAAAUAAAAAUGAAAACGAGCAAAUUAAUAAACUUUCUGAUAAAAUGAGAGAAUUUGAUAAAUUUCUAGAAGAUUUUAAUGUUCCAAUUAAAACUGAAACUUCAAGUUCUCAGAAUUUUGGUAUUCCUGUAACUAACAAGUUUGUUAAAGCAGUAAGACUAAAAACUAAGAAUACUGAGAAAUCAAUUAAUAGCAACUGUAAUAAACAGUUUUUGGAGGAAACACUAGAUAUAAAUGAAGAUAUUCAAAAACCUGAAAAUCUAUUUGUAAAACAUAUGGUACAUUCUGUAAGAUCAAAAAGAUCAACAAAAGUUUUAGAAAAUAAAUCGAUAUUAAGAAAAUUGGCAAUAGAAGCUGUUAAAUUACUAGAUGAUCUUAAUGAUAAUAUUAAAAGGAAACAGGUUAUUGAUAUAAUAGAUUCUAAAAAAGAAAAGCAAAACCAUGGUAUUAUUUAUUAUAUAAUUGCUGAAGUUGCUCCUACUGAUUGUAAUAAAAAAGAUAAUUCAACUGAAUGUUUAGAUGAAGUAAUAUUAGAUUCUAUUCAAAUUUGUAAAUUUGAUAUUUCCACUAACGAGAAAAAACCUUUACAAUCACCAAAAUUAUUACAUUAUAGCUGUAAAAAUAAACAAAAAUCUAAUAUGAGAUUUAAAAGGCAAAUGGUGGGAAAUCCAAGGCCUUAUGAUGUAAAUGAUCCAAAAAUACAAGAAUACGUACUACUUGGGCUACAAAAGUAUUCCAAAAAUUAUUCUGGAACUAAUGAACCCAUAAUCAGUAAUGUUAAACAAGUGACAGUUCAAGUUGUAUCUGGUUUGAAAUAUAAAAUUAUAGUUGAUAUUGGUGUUAGUACAUGUCCAAAAGGUGUCAAGGAGAAUUGUCAACUUAAAACUGAGGAAAUGGUUAAAGAAUGUAUUAUUGAAGUAUGGUCACAACCUUGGUUAGAUAAAGGGAAUCCAAAAGUAACUGUAAAUUGUAAUGAAAAUCAAAGAAAAAAACGUUCUCUUAAAGGUAAAAAUUAUAGUCAACAUAUGUUACAACUAUCAAGACAAUUGAAAGAAGUGAAAUUAUUUAAUGAAUUCAUUAAUAAAUUUAAUAAAAAUUAUGACACUCAAGAAGAAAAAGAAAGGCGUUUCAAAAUUUUUAAGGAAAAUUUGGAUAUGAUUGAAGAAUUACAGAGAAAUGAACAAGGAACUGGAAUUUAUGGAGUUACACAAUUUACAGAUCUUACAAAAACAGAAUUUAAAACUAAAUAUUUAGGUUUGAAGCAAUCAUUAAAAUCAGAUAAUGAUAUACCAAUGCCAAAAGCUGAUAUUCCAGAUAUUGAAUUACCUAUAGAGUAUGACUGGCGGCAUUAUAAUGCUGUGACAUCAGUUAAGAAUCAAGGUGAGUGUGGCUCUUGUUGGGCAUUUUCAGUGACUGGUAAUGUUGAAGGUCAAUAUGCAAUUAAAUAUGGCAAAUUGUUGUCAUUUUCGGAGCAACAAUUGAUAGACUGUGAUAAAUUUGAUGAUGGUUGUAAUGGAGGCUUACCAGAUACUGCUUAUAGAGCUAUUGAAGAAUUAGGGGGUUUGGAAGGAGAAACUGAUUAUCCGUAUGAAGCAGAAAAUGAAAAAUGUCACUUAAAUAAAAAUAAAAUAGAAGUUAGUGUGGUAUCUGGAUUAAAUAUUACUGCAAAUGAGACACAAAUGGCUCAGUGGCUUGUACAAAAUGGGCCAAUGUCUGUAGGUAUCAAUGCAAAUGCUAUGAUGUUUUAUGUGGGUGGAAUUUCACAUCCCUACAAGUUUCUUUGCAAUCCAAAUGACCUCGAUCAUGGUGUUCUUAUUGUGGGCUAUGGAAUAAAAUCAUACCCAAUUUUUAAGAAACAAAUGCCCUAUUGGUUGAUCAAGAAUAGUUGGGGUUCACAUUGGGGUGAACAAGGUUAUUAUAGAAUUUAUCGAGGAGAGGGGACUUGCGGAGUUAACAAAAUGGUUACAAGUGCAGUAGUUGCUUAACUUUUCAAUUAAAUUAAUUUUAUUAGUAAAGUUUAUGUUUGUAAAAUCAAUAGUUUCAAAAUAAC